UUUAUUCCUUCAUUCGGCGCCAGCUUUGGCUAGUCAUGCUGCGGAGGAAAAUGGCUUUUGAAUUUCACCAGACCGCAGUCUGUCUUUAAGAUGUAUGCUAUCCGAUGGGAUACUCAUUAAUUUAAACAUAGAUAAGCAUGAGGAAGCCAAAAAGGAAAUUAUUUGGUUAACGUGUCAGACAGAAACAAGGAAACAAGACACCUUAAGACAAAACUGUAUCAACAUAGGUCGUUGAUUCAGCUUCGUUCCGUUUAAAACAUAACUUGUACUUUUAGACAUUUCGGUGCACUGGAGAAAAUCGCAAGCGCAGAUGACUUCAAAAUUUGGAAAAGUACGGACCUGCAAUAUUGUCCCAGCGCCAGACAGAGGACAUGCUGAGUGCAAUAUCGCUGUUUUAGGAAUUACGGGCUCGGGAAAGUCAGCCCUUACAGUGAAGUUUCUGACAAAGCGCUUUAUCAGUGAAUAUGACCCUAAUCUAGAAGAUACUUAUACUUCAGAGGAGAUUGUGGAUCAACAGCCUGUUCUUGUGAAACUUAUGGACACAGCUGACCAGGAUGGGCCAGUGAACUGUGAACGCUAUGUGACCUGGGCCACAGUCUUCCUGGUGGUCUACAGUAUUGACAACCGGCAAAGCUUUGAAGGGUGCCAGCAGUAUCUGGAAGCAGUGACCCUGCACACUAGGGGGAUUCAGCCCAAACCGGUUCUCAUCCUGGUGGGGAACAAGCUGGACAUGGAGCGGUACAGGCAGGUGAGUAAGUCUGACGGGGUGGACCUGGCUUCGCGGUACAGCUGCCUGUUCUUUGAGGUGUCGGCCUGCCUGGACUUUGCCUCGGUGCAGAACAUGUUCCACACGGCAGUGCGAGAGGCGCGGAGGGAGGCGGAGAGGGCCCUGCCCAUCCGGCCCCUCUUCAUUAGCGAGGACAGGCCUGUGAUGAGCCUGGCCUCCGCGUCACUCCUCACCCCCUGCUUCAAAGAGCUGCCCUGCCCAGCCACCGCCAAGCUCGUCACGGUCAAGUCCUCACGGGCACAGAGCAAGCGCCGCGCCCCAACGCUCACUCUCCUGAAGGGCUUCAAGAUCUUCUAGACUUCCCCUGUCAGGACUCUGCAUGUAGGAGCUCCACUCCAAACCGUAUGUUUCCUUUAUGUGACAGAUGAUUCGGUCUGAUUUAUUUGACUGUUGACUGAUUGUAUGUGCUUUAGUUGAGAGGAUGGACUACACUAGUCUGAAAUGUUAAUGGAGACCAUUGUGAUCCCUUGAAAUGGAAAACGAUAUGUUUGCACCUGAGUGUUUAGGGGAGCAGACAGCAUACUGCGUCAGACUGGCAUUAGUAACUGCAUUUGCUUGUGCCACAAGAGAUAUUUCCACUCAAGAUCCUAUUUGUGGAAAUGGCAACAUUUAAAUGCAGUGGUAGGUUUACAGAACUGCACUGACUAAUUUAGUCUUUUCUACAAAGUAGUUUGCUGAAACAUUUAAAUAUUUUUGGUGUUCAUUUUUCAUAAAUAUCUUUUAGAAAUGUCUUUUUAUCCUUUUGAUCUAUGCACCUGUUUUGACUGCUGAAGCAUUUGAUGGUUCUAAGUCUCACAUUUAAAGUUUUGAGUGCAGUUAAUUUAUGAAUGUUGUAUCAGAUUUUAAGUGAGGAAGAUCAACCUAAAACAUUUAACAUUUAUUUACUGAUUCGACCGAAACGAUUUAGAUUGACAGAGAUACAUUUCUUUGUAUUUUAAAUUAUCCAUAAGUUAAUUAUCCUUAGUUUUCAUAGUCAUUACUUUUUCCAGACAGUGUGCUUUUCAGUGUGCAAAGAUAAAAGUAGAUUAUUACAUAUUAAUAGACUUGUGACUGCUGUUUUAUCGUCGACCAGCACAAGUUCAGAUCAGGCAGAUUUGUAUCCAGCGUUUUAUUACUGAAAUGUAGCUCAUCAUUGCUUUAUUUUUGUAGUUACAAAUGAACGUCAUGUUUCUUUGAUUUUGUAGAUGAUCACAUUCUAUCAUUCCCAUUUUUACCUGUAUAAAAGACAACACAAAAGUUUCCACAUGCAGAUUAUAUUAUAAAACAGUGACUGAAUUUACAGAUUUAAUCUGUUGCUGUAGUAUUAGUAUUAUUUGAGCUUUUGCAAUGUGUGCUUGUGUGCUUUUGUCUAAUCUACAGAUUUAAAGCUCUACCUUAUAUCAGACACUAUGCAAAACAAUUUAUUGUAAAUGGUUACACUUGAACUUGAUCAAAAGCCUGAAUGCCAAGCAUUUUUAAACAUUAAUUUAAAAAUGUUCAUUUCUACAUUUCUUUUGAUAUACAGAUAUCAUGUAAUAUUUAGCCAACUAUUUUUGGAAAAGGUAAACAGAUGUUUUUAAUUGUCUCAUGUUGAGUGGUAAAGUGUGAGAGAGACAACAGCAAGCUUGUUGCAUCACUGUACUGUAACCAAUCCCCACAGUUUAGAAAAUAUGUGAAAUUCAGCACAGGUGAAUAAAUAAACUAUAGAACUGAAUGGAACAA